CCGCAGUCCGCUUUGCGCUUAUCGCUCACCGAUCCGCCGUACGCGACCAAGACGGCCGCGGUCAAGGAGGCCUCGUUCGAGGCGCGCAGCUCCGCACUUGCCACGCAGGCGGACAUCGAGGCGGCGGUGAGUGCACUCUCGCUUGACGAGUGCGACGUGCUGAUGAAGUACCUCUACCGCGGCUUUGGGAUGGAGGGGCGUGAGAAGCUAUACCCUGCGCUGCUCAAGGCGCCGCGAGGGGCGUGCGCCGUCCCCGCCCACCCUACUGCGACGACACCACCUCCCCUCCCUUCCUGCCCCCCUCAGUGGCAUCCGGUCGUCUUGCGGCGCGCUGGACAGGCAUCCAUCGUGCGCGCCAUCUCCGAGGUCCAGCGCGGGCUGUAG